GAGCAGAGCAGUAAAGGCCGCGCUGCGGGCGCGGGGCUCCCAUGGAAACGCCGGCCCCGGGGCUUGCUGGGGCCGGUAGUUUUCCUUCGGCGGCUCUACCAGCCUCGUCUCCGAGGCCGCCCUGGGUCUGGCGGGCCGCGGGCGGAGAAGCCUACUAACCCAGACAUACCUAUUUGACUGGCAAGGUGUGGAUUAUGGAAGAACAACUGGUAAACAACUGCAUCCUUGAUCAAUUUAUUAACAGCCAUGAGCAGUCAUACGAAGAGUUUCUAAGCACAUUCACUUACCUUUUGAAAGAAGAAGAGAUGAAGAUGAUUCAAGGAUGUAAAAAAUCCUUAAGAAGAUCAUUUUCUGAUUCUGACAUCUCAAAUGGAAAUAAACAGGAUGGUUUCCCUGAAAGAAGCAAGGAAAAGCUCAUGUCUGUCCUACCACAGACUCCAAAUGAGAACAAGGUGGACCAUUACUUAGAAACAUACAUAGAUGGAGAGCCAUGCAAUGCAGGGUCAUUUGUUCUUCCAGGAGAGGUGGAAGAGAUAGGGACUUGCUCUCCACUUCCUUUAGAAAAGUCUUUUCAGCAGAAGCUCAAAAUCUCCUCAGUUCAAGAGCCACUGGACAAGAAAGCAGAAGAGCUACUGGGAGAUGAUGUUCAACCAUUCUCACUUGAUGAAGAAUUUGAUUAUGACAAUGUGGCACUGACCUCUAAGUUCUCUGAAGCUGAGCUGAUGCCCAUGUAAGAAUUGUCUGAAGAGGAGAGAUGUAAAGUCCAGCAGGAGCUGAAGACUGAAUCAGAUGCACUCUGAAUGGCAUUUUGUGCAAUGUUGAUGAAAUAGCAUUCUGGAGAAUAAAUCUUACUUCUUGUACCCUUACUAAAUGCUUUUUGUCUGCGUGGACAGUAAAUGACAUCCUCAGGAUUUUCUUUGUUCCAUCAAGGUGCCUUGGAGCCUGAGGUUGGCUUUCUCUACGCCUCCUAGUCUUAGUCUGAAUGAAAACACAGAAUAGGAAGGUGGUGCUUGCUCAAAGCCACUUGUAUAGUAGCCCUUCAGCAGUGAGGAAUGUUUACCAUCUUUUUAUAUUUUGUGCAUUGAUUUGCUUAGGUAUUCAGGUUGACUAAGAAGGUCUCUGUCAGUCCCUAAAUCCAAAGGGAGUUUUGCAUAGAUCAGUGGCCUCACUGUUGCUCAGCUUCUUUGUUGUUUUUGAUGUGGUACGAAGCAGCUGGAAGAUGUCUCAAACGAGAGCUGUGAAUUCCCAUUUGUUAAAUAAAAAAAUAAUAAAGUAAAAUCCCUGACUGCAUUAAAGCCCACAUAGCCUUUAGGCAUGCUGGAAAAAUUGCUCCAUGAAACAUAAACAAGCUGGUGUGAUUCAGAAUAGCAGGCAUGGCUACUCUCGCUUAUAUUUGGUACUGACUAGCCUAAAGCUAGUCCUAAAGCUGUCUUUGCUUAUUUCUUCCUGUAAUGUAGAGCUGAAGGAACUUUUUGCAGCUGACAUGUUGGUCUGUAGACUCUUUCUCUGUCACUGCAAGAUUUUAAGAUGUGGAGUUAUACCAGUGAAUAAAUUUGGGGGUAUAUUUUUCUUUCUUCUGAGUUGCUUUAGUUCUUCUGAGACAUAAAUAUGCCAGGUUACCGUAAACUCUUUUGAGAGAGUUGAUCAAAAUUGCUGUUGUGUAACUACUGACAGUUAAACUUCUAGUGCUACAAAAAUCCACCCAGACAGAAAGAAACAUAGUGAUUUAAUCCAUUAAAGAAAUUGGUGUUGAGAGGCUGUCAGAUUUAACUUUUUUUUUGUUUCUGAGAUGAUUUUGGGUACCAGCUUAUGGUUUAUACUCAGCAUCACUGAAAUUCAGCAAGCUCUGGAGAUUGAUAGAAUACAAGACUGUUUUGCUCCUUUGUCAGAAAUUUCUAAGGACAAAGAAUGGGAUGAAUGAGAAAUAAAUUCUGGAAGAAGUCCAAGAGUAAAUCCAGGAGGAGGAAAUAGAAAGCUGCUCUACAAAAUUAGCAAGGUCAGCCUUUGAGGGCAUCAACAGAGAAUCAGGGAAUGCCACUUCCUUAACAUAGGUACUUAUUGUAAAUAUACAGUAAAGAAUCUUUAAUUUAAGAAAGCUCUGUACAGUCUGUCAUUUAAAGCUGGGCUUUUGUGAGUUCACAAAAUGACUGAUGAUGAAUUUGGCACUCUUUACAUAUAUAUUUCUAGAAAAGUUGGAGUCCUAUUGUCACUAUAGUCAGUGAUGACUUAUCCAGGAGUUCAUAAUGAUCUUCAGGCCAAAUCAGCUCUGGAAACUAAGUGCAUUUCCUAUUCAUUUCAUUAACAAUUUUUUCUGUACAUGAGGGAGACAUUCAGCCAUUCAGUUCCUCCUCUUGCAGGCAGAUGAUUCUCUUACCAAAUGUUCAGAGUGCCUAUUAAGCUCAAUAAGUGUCAUUCAGUAUACUCAUUAUAUGGUUCCAUUAGAUAUAAAGAAACACUUUGCUGCAGAAUCCCCAACAAAAUGGGAACUCUGGUAACAUUCAUCCUAAGCAGAGAAAUUAGGAUAAUUUACUUAAAUUUACAUUACUUUUUGCUCUUUUUUGCUCUUUGUUAGCAGAGACAGAUAUGAUAAUCUCCACCACAGUGGAGAUUAGCCAAUGUAGGCUACCUUUUCCAAGUGUGACAUAUUGGCUUUAUUGGACAUACUGAUGGUUGUUUUUGGCUUGUAACUUUUAACUGACUAUCCUUCACAGAGAAGGCCUAUUUUCCUUUUCUCCAUUACCAAAUCAUCAUUUUAAAAAAUGUACUUGAUUUGCAUUUUAGAUUUUAUACAUAUACAUGGAGUUAGUUACCUGGAUUUGUAUCUAUAUUUCUGUGGUGUUUUGUAAUCUGAAUAAUAUGUAUUUUUCCUCUUUAUUAUUUUAGGUAUUCAGCAUGGUAAGGUACAUCCUCCUUUCCUGUUUAUGGUUCUUCUAAACACUUUUCCAAUUUUCGAAAAGCAUUAAGGGUAAAAACUCACAAUAGAAAAGGAAAGUGUGUGCUUCCUGGAGUCAGCUUUGUGAUGAUUGCAGUAGGGAGUGGGUCUGGCUUUCUAACUCAGUGAAAGAAGUGUAAAAUCUCUGAUGUUGGGUGAAUUCAUAGGAAAUAAAGGCUGUGUGAUGGAACUUUCUAAUCCCUCUGUAUUCAUGAUUUCACUGAUGUCUGAGAUGCAGCAGAAAUAUGCACCUAUCUCAGCCAGUGACCUGAUCAGCUGUGAACUUUUUGCUUAUUGAGAUGUUACCAGAAAGACUGCUUCCUACUUCAGUCUUGAUUGAUCCUGAGUCAUGAGGACGAACUCUGAGUUUUAUGAGAAGUUAGUACUACUUUCACUGGGUCAGAAUUCUGAAGGGUUGUUUCCUCAGAUGGUAAUGGUCCAAGCAUAGUUAUUAAUGCUCUGAAUUGCUUCUUGUGGGUGUAAAGGGAAAAGUAAUUAUUUGAUGAGAUAAUGGCUUUGAAAGCAUAAGAUAAAAAUUGAGGAAGUGAGAAGAGCUGCAGACAGAUCUAUCUGAUUCAGACAUCAUUAUGGUUCUAAAUAUAUUUCUGUUAAUGCACAAAGGUAUCAUUAUAUACACUUGUAUAUACACACAGUGCCACUGAAAGAAAAUAAUUUCAGUAUGGAGAGUACUCACCAGAUAA